CGACAAUUGAACAAUUGAACCAAAAAAACAGAGAAAAUAAAGAAAAGAAGGCUUUUCAAAGGCUUGUCGUAAUUCUAUGCUGCUCUGCUGAGAGAAUUUCAUAAAGAAACAAAAGAUUAUGCUGCUCAGGACACGGAACUUGACUGGGUUCUUUUUGGAACUAAUCCUAACCGUGUCUUUGUUCUUUCCAACAUUGAUUAAUUCAGCUUAUGUUCAACCUUACUCGUGUGAAGCUGAUUUGAAACCAUUGGACCUCAUACAUUCAAAUAUUAUAUCCAAUCCAAUUGUCGCUGUCAUGAUUAAAGAUAAUUUCAUCUAUUACAGGCUAGAUUUUUUAACUUCAGUGGAGAUUAAUGAUGUCAACUAUACAACAAAUCUAUAUACAACUUUGAAUAUUCAAUCCAAAUUCAUUAAUGGUGCCGUUUUUGAAAAAUCAGUUAGGCUAUGUGAAUAUGUUCGUUCCACUAAUGAUUCAGAUACGCUUGACCCUUUUGGGUUCCCUGCUGUAAAUACUACAAAUCAAGAUUCAUCACAUUCAAACACUUCAAUUGUUCCAUGGCCAACUGCUUCAAAUAUACCUCCAUUGAUAAGUAAAAGGGGACAAGGAGAAGCGGAAAACAUAUGCCCUUUAUCACCUCAUGGGAGUUAUCAAAUCAAUUAUGCUGCAGACAUUUCAUCAGAUAGAUAUUUUGGUUCUUAUCAAACAAAAUUCACGUUCCUAAGUGCUAAUGAAACUGAAAAUAAUGAAAUUGGUUGUUUCCAAGUAUACGCAACACCAUAUCAUCCAACUUCAAUCACAUAUCCAAUCUCUUUUGGUGUUAUGGCUAUUUUCAUAAUUGGUGCUAUAACUAAUUUUUAUAUUUUCCAUUUCAGUUCACAUCAAGAAUCUGAUAAUGUCUUUUUGAUCAUUGCUUCUUCAAUAUGUAAUGAACCUUUAUUGAAUGAAUUGACACCAGAUGUUACAAUGUUGUUCAAUUUUUUACAAUUUGUUUUGUUUGCAUGUGCUCUGGAUUUGAAUUAUCCUGGUUUUUUACAACCAAUUAUUUCUUAUUUGAAUUGGGUUGCAUUAAUUAGAAUUGAUAUUUUUUCAAGUCAAUUUAUAAAUGCAUUAUCGGAAAAUGGGGUUUAUAAAUCCUUGGGAAGAAGAGGUUUAUUUGGAAUUUUUCCUGAAGAUGGUCAAGUUCCAAGAGGUGAUACAAUAUCAAAACUUUGGAAAAAUUUUAUGGUUUGGAUUUGGUGUAUUAUAACAUUCUUCAUAAUAAUUACCCAACUGUUCAUUUUCUUCAAACAAUACAUCACUAAAAAUAGGAAGAUUUCAGGUUUAAAAUCAAGAUUCUAUUUUGCAUUUGGUUCAAUAACUCAAUUUUUUUAUGUUAUUUUCCCAUUACCAUUCAUAAGUUUGUCCUGCUUUUUGAUAUUGGGAUUAUCCAAAACUUAUAGAUAUUUGGGUUUGACUUCAUGUGUUUUUUGUAUUAUUUUUUUAUUUAUUUGGUUAUUAGGUUUUACAAUUUUCAGUGUUAAAACAGUUAUUUUACAAAGAAACAAAUUAUAUUCAUCUUUCAAGACAAUUGCAUGUUGGAGUUCUUUAUACCAUUGGUAUAAACCUGAAUGUUCAUUCUUCCUCAUAAUUAAAAGAAUCAUUGUUUUAUUUCAAGGUAUUGUUAUUGGAUUUGGUCAAGAUAAUGGUAUAGUGCAACUGUCAUUAUUAAUUUUCAUUGAAAUUGUUCAAUUAUUAUUAUUAUUUUAUUUUCAACCAUAUUUCAACAAAAUUAGAAAUGUUUGGGGAAUUUCAGUAUCUUUUUCAUCAUUAGUUAUUUUGGGUUUAAACAUUGCUUAUAUUAGAGAAUUAUAUGUUCCAACAAGAAUCCGCAGUGUUAUUGGUGAUGUUCAAUUAUUUAUCUGUGCAUUGAUUAUUUUGAUCUUUUUCACGUUUUUCAUUAUUAGAACAGUUCAAGUCUUUAGAUCGACAAUUAAAAAGAAGAAUAUUGAUAAUAAAUUGCUAAAUAAAGUUGAUGAUAAAAUGAAUGAUUCAACUGGAAAUGAUACAACUUUAGAUGAUGGUUAUGAAGAGGAAGACUCACCAGAAUUUGAAUUUGAAGCACCAUCAGAUUAUCAUUGUGCCACGAGUUUCCCAAGACCAAGAUUAGAACAUCAUCAUUCCCGUCAAGAAUCAAUUAGAUCAAAAGAUAGUUCAAUUGUGGAAUUAACAGACCAAAGAGUUUUACCUGGUCUUUCAUUAAGUUAUUUACAUUCAAAAGAAUAUUUACCUGCACCAGUUAGUCCUAUUGAUGAUGAAUUCUUGGCAAAUGUUAGUAAAAAUGAUUCUGAACUUCGGAAUCUAUGGGCAAAGAGAAAUAAUUUUAAAAGAUUAUCAAGAUUUGAGACUGAAUCUAGUUUUGAAAGUGGGAUUGAAAUGAAGAGAAGAAGUAAGGCAUCAAUAGAUGAGAUGACAAGGGGCAAUAAUAAAGGGUUCCAAGUAGUUGGAAGAAAGCCUAUAGUGGUUAAUAAUGAGGCAUCUGCAUCAUCUACUCUGUUGAAACCACAAGAGGACAAAAAGAAGGGAUUUCAAGUUGUUGGUAGGAAACCAAUAGUGGUUAAUCAUAAUGCUAGAAAGAGAUCAUCCGAGGAUGAAUAGAUAAAAGUUUUAUUUUGGUUUGGGAGUGUUUUUUAUAUACUUUUUAGAAGGUUUUAGGCGUUAAUUUGCAUUUUAA